AUGUCUGGCCUUCCUCCCGUUUACAUCGUCUCUGCCGCCAGAACCCCCGUUGGUUCUUUCUUGGGCUCUCUGUCCGGCCUGACUGCUACCCAGCUCGGUUCUGCCGCUAUCAAGGGAGCCGUUGAGCGCUCUGGCAUCAAGCCCGAAGACGUCGAAGAGGUCUUCUUUGGCAAUGUCCUCUCUGCCAACUUGGGUCAGGCUCCCGCUCGUCAGGCCGCCAUCGGCGCUGGCCUCUCCAACAACGUCAUUACCACCACCGUCAACAAAGUCUGCGCUUCAUCCCUGAAGGCGGUCAUCAUCGGUGCCCAAAACAUCAUGCUUGGCAUCAACGAUAUUGUGGUUGCCGCCGGCUCUGAGUCCAUGUCCAACACUCCCCACUACCUGCCCAACAUGCGCACCGGCGUCAAGUACGGUGACCAAACUCUCAUCGAGGGUGUCUUGAAGGAUGGUCUCAUCGAUUCCUUCAAGAAUCAGCACAUGGGUCUUGAGGCCGAGCUCUGCGCUGAGGAGCACAAGCUCACUCGCGAGGCCCAGGACGAAUAUGCCAUCAGCACCUACAAGAGGGCUCAGGCUGCCACCGAGGCCGGCCUUUUCAAGGAGAUUGUUCCUGUCGAGGUUCCUGGCGGCCGCGGCAAGCCCAAUGUCACCAUUGACCGAGACGAUGAGGUCAAGAACCUCAACGAGGCCAAGCUCAAGGCUAUUCGCCCGGCUUUCAAGACUGACGGUACCGGUACCGUCACUGCCCCCAACGCCGCUCCCCUGAACGACGGUGCUGCCGCUGUCGUUCUUGUCUCUGAGCGUAAGCUCAAAGAGCUCGGUCUCAAGCCCAUUGCCAAGAUUCUCGGCUGGGGUGAUGCAGAGCGCGAGUCUGAGCGAUUCACCAUUGCUCCCGCUGCUGCCAUCCCCAAGGCCAUCAAGCACGCCGGUCUCACUGCCGAUGAUGUCGACUACUACGAGAUCAACGAGGCCUUCUCCGCCGUUGCCCUCGCCAACAUUCAACUUCUGAGCCUCAACCCUGAGAAGGUCAACGUCUUUGGCGGCUCAGUCGCCAUCGGCCACCCUCUGGGUGCCUCCGGUGCCCGUAUCCUCUCUACUCUGACCUCAGUCUUGGCAGAGAAGAAGGGCAAGAUUGGUGUUGCUGGUAUCUGCAACGGUGGCGGUGGUGCCUCUGCUCUGGUUAUCGAGAACCUGCAGUGA